AUGCCGGUCGAUAUAAACCGACUGACGGACGGCUGGCUGGAGCUGGAGAGUGAUCCCGGUUUGUUUACGCUCCUGCUGGAGGAUUUUGGAGUGAAAGGCGUGCAGGUCGAGGAGAUCUACGAUUUGCAGAAGAACCUCGAGGGCCAGGUGUACGGGUUCAUCUUUCUGUUCCGUUGGAUCGAAGAGCGUCGCGCUAGGCGCAAGAUUGUGGAAACCACAGACAUCUACGUGAAGGACGAGGAUGCAGUGAACAACAUUUUCUUCGCCCAGCAGGUGGUUCCCAACAGCUGCGCUACACACGCACUGCUGUCAGUGCUAUUGAACUGUUCCGACAUUGAUCUCGGCACCACACUCAGCCGGCUAAAGGUACACACGAAGGGCAUGAGUCCGGAGAACAAGGGCUGGGCGAUUGGGAACACCCCGGAGCUGGCAUGCGCUCACAAUUCGCACGCUAUGCCACAGGCCCGCAGACGGAUGGAUCGAAAUUCCGGCGUAAGCACAGGCCGCUUCACUGGAGAAGCAUUUCACUUCGUGUCGUUUGUCCCUAUCGAAGGCCGAUUGUUCGAGCUGGACGGAUUGAAACCAUUUCCGAUGGAUCAUGGACCUUGGGGUGAGAAGGAGGCAUGGACGGAUAAGUUCCGUCGAGUUAUGUCCGACCGAUUGGGGAUCACGACCGGUGAGCAGGACAUCCGGUUCAAUCUGAUGGCUGUUGUGCCCGACCGACGCAUUGCCAUCACGCAUAAGCUGAAGAUGCUUCGCACGAAUCAAACGAUCGUGUCGGCCGCUUUGGAAAAGCUACUGAAAUCGGAGAAGAAAGAAUCAUCGUCCUCGGUGGCAACUUCCAGCAGCACACGUGCGUUGGGAGCUGCCGUAAAGAAGGAACCAGAAUCGACCCCUGUGAAGCUGUCGGACGAGUAUUCAGAGCUGCUGGCGAUGAAGGACGUAAAACAUCACGAUCAGUCGACUUCAUCGUCUGUUUCGAUGUCGAAGGAGCUGGAAUCCUUCGUGUCGAUGAAUAGCUCAUCGGAAUCUGUAGAAAUUGUCGGCGAAACGGAGAUAAAACGGGAGCGUGAUCCUUCCCCACCCUCGCCGCCCUCCUCGUUCAUCGGCGCCGGUACGUUUUCACCGAAGGAUCUUCUAUCGUUGCUGAAGAACCUGGAGUCGGAGAUAACGAUCACCGAACAGCACCUGAUCGACGAGAAUGAAAAGCGCGAUCGAUUCAAGCUGGACGACUGUAGACGGACGCACAAUUACGACGAGUUUAUCUGUACGUUUCUAUCCAUGCUAGCGCAUCAGGGUGUGCUGGCUGAGCUGGUCUCGCAGGAUCUCAUCGCUAACCGGAAGCCCAGCCUGGGUGGUAUGCAAAACAGUGCCAGUAGGGCGAUCUCAAGAAGUUACAAAAAAGCGACCGCCACCAACGGGACCUCUCCAAAGGCUCCAGGCUCCAAACGGCGUCGCGGACGAGCUAAGUGUCGCAAGAGGAAGUAAGGUCCUGGAAUCGGUCGGGCGGACUAAGAUUACUCAUAUCUGAUCUUAUUCUCUUUUUUACUGUUCUUUUGAUACUCGUGUAACAAUAAAUUUAGUACGAUACUCAUUCG